CCGACUCCGACGAUUCCAGGUAACUGUUCAAGUCAUUAACUCGUCAAAGUGGCGGACGUACCUAAGGCACUACAGCGGCAGGCCUUCGUACACAUGCGAAGGAUGCUGGAAGGGCGUCGUCGCGCAUCAGCUCGGGCUCCUCCAGCCCCCCGUUGAGCAGCAUGAGUCAGAUCCGGGUCCAUCUGCGGAAGGGUACGUCUACAAGGUGUCUGAGGAAGAGAUCAAGCGUGGUGCUGAGCAGGGCUGUCGCUGGUGUGAGCUCCUGAGCAAGUGGGGGGCCUCCUCAAUACGUUCGCCGUCGACACAGCCUGUGCCGCCGUCAGAGAACAUUGUGGAGAUCAGGGUUGGCUACGCGGAGGGCUGCGUUGACAUCACUAUUAACGGCCAUCUGAGCUGGUUUGGAUAUGUGUACACGACGGAAGACGACCCUGCAGCUGCUUAUGUGCCUGGACGGAACCUUUUCUGCGAAGUGGGCUCGGAACGUGCUCUCUCACUCGCAAUGGAGCUGUUGCACGACUGCAACCUGAAUCACAGUGGCUGUCCACCGGAGCCCUACUCUGUUCUACCUACACGCGUGAUCGACUGCAGUGAUCCCUCGCGGCCGCGUCUCUUGACCGCCGAUGGCGUGCGGGCACGCUACGUCGCCCUCAGUUAUGUGUGGGGCGAGGCGCAAGAGCACAAGACGACCACGGAGAACAUAGAUGCCUACUUGCGCUCCAUCGAUGUCACAAUCCUUCCUCAGACGAUAGUAGACGCCAUCCAAGUCACGCACAGGCUAGGUCUCCAAUACCUCUGGAUUGACUCGCUGUGCAUCAUCCAGGACUCAGAGGACGACAAGAACCACGAGCUCGCUCACAUGCGCCACGUCUACGCUGACGCAUACCUGACUAUCAUUGCCGCGAGCGCGAGCCGCGUCAGCGCGGGCUUCCUCGAGCCUCGCACGGACACGCUCGGCACAGCUGCCCUUCAGCUGCCUUUCGUCGUUCCAAGUCGUGAUGCUGAUCUGGCCUCCCCCAGCGAAGCGCCAUCGUAUGGAGCAUACGACCCCGCGCGCGAGCCGCUGCACAAGCGCGGAUGGUGCAUGCAGGAAUACUUCCUCUCCCCGCGCAAGCUCAUCUUCGCCUCGCACACGCUCCAGUACGGCUGCUUCCACGGCGGCACGCGCAACAUCGCGCACGCGGAUAACCCGUGGUGGGUCUCCUCCGCGCGCGACCCCACCCCCUUCCGCCGCCUCCCCAAACUGCCUCCUUCUCCCUCGCCGACCGAGCCUGCCCCUGCGCGGGAGCACGUUGAGGCUCUGCGCGGGGCGUGGAAAGCCACCGUCGAGAACUACACCAAGCGCGCGGUGUCGGUCCCGAGCGACAAGCUCGUCGCGCUCUCCUCGCUCGCCGAGGAGUUCUCGCACGCCGUCCAGUCCCCGUACGUCGCCGGGCUCUGGGCGCGCACGCUCCUCCCGGACCUGCUGUGGUCAAAAGAGCGCGCGGCACACUUCGCCUCGAGGCCACGGGAGUACCGCGCGCCGUCGUGGUCGUGGGCCGCGGUCGAUGGUCCCGUCAACCCCGGGAACGCGUACUUGAUGAGUGAUCAUGAGAAGGUCAUCGCGGAGGUCGUGAAGUGCAAGACAGUGUUGAAGAACCCUGGGCUCCCGUUUGGUGAAGUCACUGGGGGCACGCUCGUCCUUCGAGCG